AGAGGGUCGAAAGAAAACAGAGAUAAAGUCAAACCGCAAUGAUUUUAUCUCGAUGCCAUCAAAAAACACUUCCUUUGGAAAACAAGGCAGUUUGGUGCGAUUGCUAUGCGAAGCUGUGGGAGUCGGCGCGGCAGCCAGUGGUUGAUCAGAUAAAAUACUUUCUACAUCAAAUAACUGAAUUAAGAGAGCUUCCGCUGUGAUCAUUUCUCAGGUUACACAGCCACACCAGACUAAGUGAACGCCUCUUUGUGUUAAAAGCGAAGUAGAGUAUAUAUUUUCAACGCCUUGGCGUGUUGCGAGAAGAUCAUUUAACUCGGAACAUCAACAGAACAGUAGGUGGUGGCUUGAAUCCGGCACGAUUUGGAAGAAAAUGGAAACCGAGAGGUUCUUUUACAUCUCCGUGAUUCUGUGUUUAUUUUGCAUCUUCCAGGUGCGCGGACAGGACGAUGAUCCUUGCAAGGGUGUGGUCUGUCCAAGGGGGCAAAUGUGCGUGCCCUACAUGGACAGCGGUAAAAGCUAUACCACUUGCGAAUGUCCACAAGACUGUCCAGAAGAGUCUGAGCCGGUUUGUAGCUUUUACCAUAGAGAGUUUAACAACCGAUGCGAGAUGCACAAGUACGCGUGUGCACAUGACCUGACAAUGAAAGUAAUGAACCAAGGAAAUUGUCCCACAGACAAUCUGCACGUCUGUUCAGACCAGUUUCUGCUUCAGUUCCCGACCCGUUACCUAGAAUGGAUCAUGAUCGCUCGCGAACAUUCUAUUGACCCCACCACCUCAUUGGACUUCAAUGCACGAGCUGACGGGCUCACUGAAGACGAACGCAAUGAAAUUUUGUCGUGGGAGUUUGAGUACAUUGACCGAGACAAAAAUAACGUUCUAGAUACAGCGGAAAUCCAAGAUGUAUUUAAUGACGUUCUUGGUUACGAACCUUGUCUCUAUGGCUUUCUCAAGUCGUGUGAUUUAAACGAGAAAGAGGGAAUUGAAAAGCGCGAAUGGGAUUUCUGCUUUCCAAAGACAGGUACUGCUUUCGAGACCAGGAAAUGAAGCUACAACUCACCAAUUGGAAAAUACAGUUUUGAAGAGUCUGUUUGACUGGAAGAUUGCUGAAUUUUCAUAUGAUGUUACGCUAAGGCUGGAAGAGCCAAAUUUGUUGAAAGUUUCUGUUAAUGUUUCUUGCUUUUGUAGAGUCAAUUUGACUGGAAGAUUGAUGACUUUUUAAAUGAUGUUACGUUGAGGCUGCAAGAGCCAAAUUUGCUGAACGUUUCUGUUAAUGUUUCUUACUUUUGUAAAGUCAAUUUGACUGGAAAAUUGUUGACCUUUUAAAUGAUGUUACGUUGAGGCUGCAAGAGCCAAAUUUGUUGAGCGUUUCUGUUAAUAUUUCUUGCUUGUCACGCACGCUAUUAGAUGUUUUGUCAUGCAGUUCAUGUCGGUCAUAGAAUGAACACUGGCGGACAGGCACCAGAAGCAGAUAUGUUGUCGCUUUCCCUUUCCCACCUCUCUAUGCUUCUGACCAUUACAAAUUAUUAAAUAAACGGGAUACAACAAGG